UAUGAGACUGAGGGGAGACAUUGAGGGGAGACAUGAGACAUUGUGGGGAGACACUGAAGAAAUGGAGAGUCGCUUCACCAAAGGCAAGUCCGCCAUCCUGGAGCGGCCGCUCACCCGAGCCAAGACGGAGGUGAGCGUGAGUGUGUUUGCGUUGCUCUUCUCGGAAAUGGUGCAGUACUGCCAGAGCCGUGUGUACUCCGUGGCCGAGCUGCAGGGCCGACUAGCUGACAUGGGCCAAGGUAUAGGGGUCAGCCUGCUGGACGUCCUCGUGAUGAGGGAGAAAAAUGGCAAGAGGGAGACCAAAGUCCUAAAUAUCCUACUCUUUAUCAAGGUAAACGUAUGGAAGGCCCUGUUUGGGAAGGAAGCGGAUAAACUGGAGCAGGCCAACGAUGAUGAUAAGACUUACUACAUCAUCGAGAAAGAGCCGCUGAUUAACGCCUACAUCUCUGUGCCAAAAGAGAACAGCACGCUGAACUGCGCGGCCUUCACAGGUGGCAUCGUGGAGGCCGUUUUGACCCACAGUGGCUUCCCAGCCAAAGUCACAGUGCACUGGCAUAAAGGAACCACACUGAUGAUUAAGUUCGAUGAAACGGUCAUUGCUCGUGACAAGACUCUGGAUGGUAGAUAAGAUGGCAUGGUCUUUAGCCCUCCGAGGAAACUCGGCCUUUUCCCUGAACUGAUACUGAAUUUCCGAUAAGGCUGAGCGUUCGACUAGAGGUCGGGGAGAAAGUUCAGCAGUGUGACUGGAGUAAUAGGUUUAACAACAGAUCACAUGUCACUUGAUGACACAAUUUACAGUGUUGAAUUUUAGUUAACAAAAGAUUGAACUUUAUUAUUUUAGAAUGGGAAUAGAUAAUCUUCAUUUUUAAGGACAAAGAUUUUAAGGUUUUGGGGGCGUCGUGGCUCAGGUGGAUAAGGCGCCAUACCAUAAAUCCGGGGACCCGGGUUCGAUUCUGACCCGAGGUCAUUUCCUGAUCCCUCCCCGUCUCUCUCUCUCUCCCGCUCAUUUCCUGUCUCUACACUGUCCUGUCCAAUAAAGGUGAAAAAAAAAAGCCCAAAAAAUAUCCUUAAAAAAAGAUUUUAAGGUGCAAAUUAUCGGGCGUUUUAGAGGAGGAGAGUUUAAACUCCUUAAUUAAAGCCUAGGUCACAACCGGACAUACGAUUUUUUGGCCGUGCAAUUUUUGGCGUUUCCCAAAUCGCUGCGGUUUUUUUGUUCGUGGAGAAAGACGCACAUUGGGCGUAAGUUUGUCUUGCAACCUGAAAAAAACGUAAGCGCCCGUAGAGUUUGUUUAACAUGACAAAGAACCUCUGCGGCCAGUCUACGGCUCGAAAAAUCAGCACGUCACACGCGCGCCCUCCGUGCGUUUCUUGCGUUUUUUUUGCACGUAGACCGGCCAUAGAAGCACGUACGGUCGGUUGUGACCGAGGCUUAAAAAAGUACAGGAUUUUAGGGGUUUUUAAAAGUCAGAAUAGCACAAAUAAGUUAGUUUUGAACACCCCUACAACGGGUCGUACCAUUUCUUUAACCCAUAACUCUGCCUCAAGCUUGCCUCCUUCAUCACAUAUGCAUUUGCUAUGAUGAGAAAAUGUAAUGUUACUGUAUAAUUCAGUGUUUUUUCAUGAUCUAAUGAUUCAUUUUGACUGAAAUUUUAGUGUAAGUGUUUGGACAAUGACUGAAUAUACCACAUAGUCUUUAGACUUUACAAUUCUAAGUAAAGAUGAUGUAGAUCUUCCACCUUAAAGGUGCACUGUGUGCUCACGUUUCACUGGUACACUGUGGUUUUGUGGGUUUUUUUCUUACACCUGGUCACUUGGUGCUGGAAAAAGAAGAAGCAGCAGCAGCCCGCAGCAGUAUUUUCAGUCUUUAGAUUGCUACAAGCUUUCACUUCUUCUUUCACCACAUCACAUUCCAUACUUGAAUUUGUAUCUUUUUUUUUAAAGGGAAAAAUGUACUGUACUUAUUUUACCUUUUAAUUUAUGUUAAAGCUAGACGGCCUUUCGAUUUCAUAAAAUCGGUGAAAUUUAGUUCCCUCUGCAAUUCGGUCGUUGUGAUAUAUAUGUUUAUUUCUGUAAUAUCUAAAAAAAAACCCCAGACCAUUCUGUGGUUAGGAAGUUAUUUAAUUUGACGGGAUUCCUGAGCAAAUAAUGUGCAUGAAAUCGCUCACUUUGCGCAGUCAAGCAGACAGAGGAACUCCGUGUGCGCAUGCGCAGGUUUACUGCCUUCUUUUUUUCUUCUUCUUCUUUUGGGUUUUACAGCAGCUGGCAUGCACAGUGUUGCAUUACUGCCAUCUACAGGUUUACCUUUGACCGUGCACUGACAGUUCCAUCCUUCUGUCGCUAAGCGAACAGCUGAUCACACCGAGAUGCUCGCUGACCGCUGAUAUUUAUUAGUUUGGUCCUGCGUUUCCUUUCCUUCGUGACAUAAUGUCUUUUCUUCUCGCUUUCCGUUACUGUAGUCAGUCUUUCACGUUUCACUCACACACUCGCGUCCUCCAUUUUUCUCUCCUGUUUCAAAUUUGUAUCCUAUAAUGCCUCGUGCAAACGGGGAAAGCCCACCACGUGAUGCAUGACGUAGUAUCUUGUAUUGCGUCAUGGUGAAGCAGGAAAAAAUGGCAGAGGAUUUAGGGCCACAUGGUGCUAAAUUCAUUAAUUGUUCUAUUUAAAAAAAAAAACUACCGUAAUAAAAUUCAAAGUCUGUGAUUCAAAUUUAGGAGCUUUUGGUCCACUAAACAAAAAUAAUUGGGUGUCGGGAAAAUUCUUUUUAUGAUCUAAACUUGAAAACUCUGAAAGGCAGUCUACCUUUAAUGAAUGUGGCACACAUUAUUGAGGGAACUUUUAAUCCAUGUUUAUUCUUUAAUAAUAAUUAAAGUAAAUUCUGCCAGUUAUGUACUGCAAUCAAGGCAAAUACCAUCUUGCACGGUCUUAUGUCUGUUCAAGCCAUACAAGAUUGUCUUUUGUGUGAUUAAUGAUGUAUUUAUUAAAGUGGCUACAAUG